AUGAUUUUUUUUUUAUUGUUCUAACUCAUUAGAACUUAGAUUUUUGAUUGUUCCAUAACAUAAUCUAAAUGUUCAGAUAAUUAUUCACCUGUUUGUGGAUUUACUAUUAAUAUGUAGUAGAUAUAAACUUACAUAAAUCAAUGUUAUGCUUGUAAAGCUAAUUUAGUUGUUAAAUAUAUGAAUGGUGAAUGUAUUGAUCAUUAAGAUGAAAAAACCUCCAAUAAUCAUAUUGAUUAAGACAAUUAAAAUACUAAUUCAACAUUCACUCCUUCUGGAAAUUAAACUCAAUUUUUCUCUUGUUUUGAUCCUCGACCAAGUAUUUGCGGAACUAAGUAUACUUUAGAUAAUUACAUGAAGUCUAAAACGUACAUGUGGAUUUUUAGACUCUUUGACUCAUUGCAAUGGAAAAUAUUGUUAUGCAUAAUUCAUUAAUGAAUGUCAUGCUUGUAGAAAUACUUCGAUACAUAAUUAUUUCUUUGGGGAUUGUUCAGAAUACAAGUAAUUACCAUAUGUUCUUAUUCUUAGAUAAACAUAACCAACUGUAAUUCAGUGUAAUUUAGAUAUAAAGAAUUAAUGUGAUAUAAUGGAAUAAAUAGAUGUUUGUGGUUUCUUAGAUGAAACAACAGUUUGUCAAAAUUAACCAUGUUUAUAACCAUUUAAGAAUACUUGUGAACCAUGCAAUUAAUCUAAUAUUAAAUCAUAUUUUAUAGGAAAUUGUAAUGACUACUAGUAUUUAUUCCUUGGUUAGGAACAAGAAGAAGAUGUUUUAAUAUAAAAAUAUUAAUAUUGUUAACCUGAAAGACCUUCUACUUGUAAUUAAGAAUUUUCAUAAACUUGUGGAGUAUUAAAAUCUUGUAAUGGAACUGCUUGUGAACGAAUAUAUGAUAAUCCAUGUGAUGCAUGUAAAAAUACUCAAAUUGAAGGUUAUUAUAUAGGAUAAUGUUAGUAAAAUUUUGGUUAUGUUAUCUAAAUUUUUAUGAUUUAACUAUUAAUUUGA